GAUUCUUUUUACAUAGAUUAAGAACAACCCAUAUUUCAGAUAUGCAGACAAACAUGGCAGAAAGUAGCUAGCUAAGUAUAGGAUUUACAGUAGGGUGAAGGGAGAAAGGAAUACCUUUGGAGUCCUCCAUGACGUGUAUGGUGGUGGGGCCGGGCAUGACAUGUAGAGGCGGUUAUGGGCGGCAGCAUGGAGCCAUUGUCGUCACUCCUGUUAAGCUCUCAUAGCCCCAUAAAUAACAGAGCAGGGGGCCUUUUUUCAUAAGCUCUGAUCUUAAGCUCAGGUAUUCUUUUUCUGUGCAGGAGAAUUUUAGGAAUUGUUUGUCAAGGGUUGAUUGAUUUUGAGCCAUGGCUAAGGAAGAAGGUAAGGAGGUGCAUGGGCUUGGAGCCAAGGAUUACACAGACCCACCCCCUGCACCUCUGGUGGAUUUUGAAGAAUUCAAGCUCUGGUCUUUUUACAGAGCUCUGAUUGCUGAGUUCAUUGCUACAUUGUUGUUUCUUUACGUCACAGUUGCUACUGUGAUUGGUCACAAGAGAACUGCUGCAAACUGUGGAAGUGUUGGGCUUCUGGGUAUUGCCUGGGCCUUUGGGGGCAUGAUCUUUGUGCUGGUUUACUGCACUGCUGGUAUUUCAGGUGGGCAUAUCAAUCCUGCUGUCACUUUUGGCCUGUUUCUGGCUAGAAAGGUGUCCUUACCAAGGGCUGUUCUGUACAUCGUGGCUCAGUGUCUGGGUGCCAUCUGUGGGGUUGGACUUGUAAAGGCAUUCCAGAAGAGUUUCUAUGACAUGUAUGGAGGUGGGGCUAACUCAGUAGCCCCUGGUUACUCCAAGGGUACUGGUUUGGGUGCUGAAAUAAUUGGAACUUUUGUGUUGGUGUACACUGUUUUCUCUGCAACUGAUCCUAAACGCAGUGCCCGUGACUCUCAUGUUCCUGUCUUGGCUCCACUGCCUAUUGGGUUUGCUGUUUUCAUGGUACACUUGGCCACCAUCCCUAUCACAGGAACUGGCAUCAACCCUGCAAGGAGCUUUGGAGCUGCUGUAAUUUAUGGCCAUGAUAAAAUCUGGGACGACCAAUGGAUUUUCUGGGUUGGUCCCUUCCUGGGAGCUUUUGCAGCUGCUUUCUAUCACCAGUACAUUCUAAGGGCAGCAGCCUUAAAGGCUUUAGGAUCAUUCCGUAGCAACCCCAAUUUGUAAAUCAAUGCAUCGUUCUCCUUGCGAGAGUGAAGCCCUUAUCAAGAUUGUGGGAGCAGGGGGCCAUAAUGCUUAAGUAAAUGGAAAAUUUCUAAUUUUUCUCGUACUGCGGAAAGAACCGUCAAACAGGAGAAUUUAUUGGUUGUGCAAAGAGAAUUUGGCAAGCUCCCUGCCACUGUGAGUUGGGGUUUUGGGAUUUAAACACAGAAGGGUAGAAGAUGAAGAAUAAAACUAAGUCUCAGAAGGCUUGGCGGCUCUUUAAGAAAGGAGUGGAAAAGGAAAAUAACCUGGAUUUUUUUGCUCAGACAGCAUUUGAUCCAAAUCUAGUUUAAAAGCUAGUUGCUAUUGCUGAGGGAGUUGCAUACUUCCAUCAAAUAUACCAGUCUCCAUGUAGUUUCUUUUUAAAUGAAUGGAGGGAGCUGAUUCCAAGUACUUACCAA